GUUUCAAAAUGGCGGCGUGAACCUGCCUGUCUACAGGACAAAAGAACUGGGCUAGUGUUCGCACUUUCUCGGCAUUUCGCGCACGAUUCCGGUUGGCAGCAGCCCGACAAAGACUCCGGACGCCACGAUGUUCAGAACCGUCUCAAGUGAGUGAUCCUGCGCAGAAGGAGUUCGCAGCCGACGACGACACGGAUGAUCAGCUGAUGCUAACAAAUGCUAACAGAGUCCAGGACUCACAGUGAUGGAACGGCUGCGUCGGAGGUUCGAACACAUCCGCCAGCAUCACAACAGCUGUGAGAGCCGCUAUGAAGCGGCGGCUUUGGAGCGUCUGGAGCAAGAGCGCCAGCAGACCUUAGCCCUGCACCAGCGCUGCCUGCAGGCCAAGGCCAAGAAGUCGAGCAAGCACAGACAACCCCAGGCCAACAAUGAAUCCCCGGGUCAGAGGCAGCCCACCACUGUCGGCAGCAGCUCCGAUGUGGCUGAUGGUGGCGGGUCGGAGCUUAACAGAAGCAGCACACUGAUCGCAUUGCAGGAGACGGUGAAGAGAAAACUGGUAGGCACUGGAUCCCCACUCGACCGGGAUCAAGCCAACGGCUUUCCCCCGAGCAAAAAGGCGUGCUUGGACCCCGGAGGGACAAACGGUGCUGCGAUCGACUCCAAGAUUGCAGUAACACAAGUAACGCUAAGCAGUAAUGGCUCUCACGGUCCUGUUGGAGAGGCCGCGGAAGGCGAGGCGGAGCCUGACCAGCACAGCAAGGAGAUGAAGCAGGAGCCGGACGACAUUCUGCCCAUCAUGCCGCCGGUGGGGGGCGCCAACAACAGCUUGUUCCCUGACCUGAACUUCAAUGAGCAGGAGUGGACCGAGCUGAUGGAGGAGCUGAACCGCUCGGUGGCUUACGAGGACAUCCAGGACAUUUUCAAUGAUGGUUUUGAGGACCGCAAGGAUCCGCCGGAGCUCGUUUCAACUCAGGAGACGGCAGUCGCAGAGUCAUUAGUCGGGGCGACGCAUGCCUCUCAUGGUCUGCCUCAGCUGGACCUGGGACUGGUGAAAGCUGAGUUCUCUCCGGCGGCUGCUGCCUUUGAGCCUGACUCUAAGACCAGGUCUCCUCACUUGUGUUCCACACCUUCAGGGCUUCCACCUCACUCCACCAGCUCUCCUGCUACUUCCUCCUCUGGCUCCUCUCCGGCGAUGCCUCCCACUCAGCCAGCGCCUCCCUCCCGACAGCAUCACCUCCUCCCCCCUGCAGUUUCUAAAGACCUGUCGCCGGCGCAGCAGCUGCAGCAGCUCGCAGCCCAGCAGCAGCGAGUGCAGAACCGCCACAGCCAGCUGCAGCACAAACCACCCUCUUUGCCUGGCUCCAAAUUCCACCCUCUUGGACCCCGAGCUCCACCGCCCCCUUGGCCCCAGGUGCCUAAUGCCACUCAGACCCCGCGUGGUGGAGCGUACGGCAUGGACAAACCCACCAGCCCCUCCCUGUUUCCACAGGAGUACAACCCAAAGCAGUUGCUGGUUCCGAACGCUCCUGCUAAGUGUUCGCCGAAGGCGGCGGUCACCUCCUUCCUGCCCCGCUCAGGUGGCAUGGGCGGUCCCCAUACGGCCGCCGGCCAGACUACAACACUGAACUACAACAACACUAAACCUCUCUCACACUUCGAGGCUGCUCCUGCCCCUCUACGCCCCCCCAUGACUCAAAACAAGGUGGCACUGCUCAACCUGCUCCGACAACAGCAGCAGAUGAAGCAAAAGAACUUGAACUACCGCCCCCUACAGGAACAGAACUCGUACACUGAAUCUCCACGUGGUCCCGUCCCUCCGAGCACACUAACCUCCACCCCUUCCAACAACAUGCCGGUGCAGCCAGGUGCCAUGCCUGCUGCCGCUCAUGGCAAUAAUGUAUAUAUAAAUAACCAGGCUGAAGUUGCUCUCAAGCAGCAACAGUAUAUGCAACGGCAACAGAUGAUGGCUGAACAGGAGAAGCAGCGUCAGCAGGACCAGCAGCUGCAGCGACACCUCACCAGACCUCCCCCUCAGUACCAGGACCAACUUGGCCCGCCGGCCAAUCAUGCCUCCUUUUCUCAACCCCCGGUAAACCAGUUCGCUGGUUCUGCCCAGCCAAUGACUUCCGUGGCUUCCAUGGGUGGCUCAGCGACCGGGCCCCAGCGAAUGUUCCCCCAGAACCAGCCAAUGAUGGGACUGAAUCUGCCUCCCGUCAGCCAGACUGACAUGAGCCUCUCCUCCUGCGGCAGCAGCGUGGACGUGCAGCAGGUUCUCUACAACAACAUGAACCUGCAUCAGCAGGGCUCUCAUCAGCGCCAGAUUCUGCCCAGCAUGAACGCCCCCUACAGGCACAACCCCCUUCCCCAGCAGCAACACCCCAAGGUGCAGUCCAACUCAGCCAUGUUGAAGCAGACUCAGCUCGCAGCCCCAACCCGACUGCCAAUGCAGGGCACCUCCUCUUGGCAGCAGCCUCCUACCAGUACCACCGCAGUUGCUCCUCCCCCCUUCACGCCCAACACCUUUCACUUGCAACCUCGCCUCUCCAAAAUGCCUGCAGGGGCCUCGGCUUUCAGCGGAGGACCCGGAGGUCGGCAGGUGGAUGGGAUGAACCCUGGGCAGCAGAUCGUGCAGCCCAACAUGAGCGGCCAACAAAGGGCGCCCACCAAUCCAAUGAACGUGACCUUGAGCAGCCAGCAACAAGCAGCACAGUCCAAUCACGCCAUCCCCGAAAUGACCCCUUUUGCACAGACGGCGGGCGGCGUGCGCCCGGGGUUGCCCUGUAACCAAGGUUAUCAAGUGACCAGGACAGCCAAUCAGCAGCAGCUCUCCUUCGGUUACAACGUGGCCUCCGGAAGCUUUGCGCCUGAAAGCGACCUGGUGGACUCGUUGCUGAAGGGCCAGGGCACGGAGUGGAUCGCUGAACUGGACGAGCUGCUGGCUGGUCACCACUAGACACUUUGGUCAGCAUGCUGUGAGAGCAGUGUGGAUCAGUGGGACGUGGCCUGAGGUGCAAGGCUGCUCAGCAGGGGGCGCAUCGGACUCAGACCCACCCGAGACAGAACCCGCAGUGUGAAACCGCCCUUACUGACUCCUGCCGACCAAGCUUGUUUCUCCAAGUGCUGCCCCCCCACUGGACACUGGAUGCUGACCAGACACUGGACAGUUAGAUGACAGCUGAGGAUAUUUCAGACGCUGGACCGUGCUGAGACACUGGAUCUGGAUGGGGACCACGUACCUUUGAAUGCAACGUAGAGUUGAUCUUUAUCUUAGAUCAAGUGUUCUGCUGGUGACCUGGACCCACAAGACACUCCAUCGAGUUGAUGUCAGAGACUUGUGUACUGAUUUCUGUUGCCAUGGUUAAAUCAUGGUUGAGCUUGUAAUGUUAGCGCCAUCUGCUGUUUCCAGUCCAACAUCUGUGAGUGUGUGCAUGUGCACACAUUUUGUAAAAGUCUUCAGAAAAUAUUUUUCUAAAUUUUGUAAAAAGUUUCUACCUUUGAUAAAAGUGUUCAGCUGUAAAUAUAUUUCUUUACAAAAACCAGGAGUUUGGUGUUUUUACUGGCAACAACUGACCGUCAUCAAUGCUCAUCCCUGGGUGCUGCCGGCUGGAGGCAACACCUCAAAAGCACCAUCACACUCAUGAAUCUGAAAGACUGGUCAUGUGUAAUCAACCUGUCGCAAGCAU